AUGGACUGCAGACGUGGUAAUAAUACUUAUUCCUACGUUCCGUGCAGUGAUGUUGGACAUUUCUUUUAUGGCUGGGACUUGUUGUAUAAAUCAGUUCUAAGGGAUGUGUACAAGAAAUCCGACUUACUCAUAGCGCUGGUUCACUUUUUGGUGACAAAGCUGUACGAUUUUCGUUGCAUCGGUAUUGGGGACGAUAGUGUUUUGAGGGAGGAAGUGAUGGGCUCCGAACUACUUCCUGACGAUUGGAACAAUGAUGAUUUAAAGUAUUCGCUGCGGUAUGUGAAGGACAACAAUCUAUAUCUGUUGCUUGGACACAUUACUGAAGACACGUUGGUGAUGAAUCUAUUGGACAUUAAUACAAAGAAGGUGUCUAAUAUUUGCCUUGAACCGGAGCUAUUGGUAUUUGCCUUCACUGGCGAUAUCAACACACUUAUGCCAACAGCUUCUGAAAUUUCUGAUCGCUACAUAAAGGAGCUUUUCGUGCCAGUUAUUGAAGGAAUGUCACGUGAAGCUGGCACGCAGACAACAACAACGCCCAGCAGUGCUUCAAAUCAAUUCCCUCUACUCCUGCCUAGGCCUCAAUUCAUGACAAGGGGUUCUGUGUCUGCCCAAAUCGAGACUGGCAAUUGCUGUGGCAAUGAUAAAUGAUUAAAGUGCCAAUUUCUGUUCAUUACAAUCAUUGUGGAUGUAGUCCUUCAAAAUUAAAUCUGUUUCGUUUUAAAAUUCUUGAAUACUGUGAGUUUUUACAGGCGUGCUAGAAUAUUAAACAUUUUAUGUUAAUAAAUUAUUUUAGUGUUAA